AUUCUCUCAACUCAACAUCAAUACUGUUCCACUUACUAGAAACAAAGCAAGCAAAAUCCAAAAUCAGUGAGAUAUGGCGUCAGAACAACUUAGUCGUAGAGAAAACACCACAUCCGAGAGAGACAUUCAUUUGGAGGAGAACAGAGUCCCUAAGAUGGCUACUCAUUUCGAAUCUCUGGCCGAGAAAUCCAGGCAGUCCGAUGUGGGUGCUGCUGCUGCUGCCAAGCACAAUCCUAUUCAUGGUGAGCGCCAUGAAUUUCACUCCCUUGAAGGGAAAGUCGGUGACGUGAAUGUUUCCGCUACCAUAAUCGCCAAAACGGAAGCAGGUGAUCAGGCCAGAGAAGGAAGAGGGAAACAGCUUCAGGAGAGGAAGGGAGAACCUUACGCGAUAGGGAAAUUCCAAGUGACUGCUCCUGGAGCUGGAGCUGGAGCUGGAGCUGGAGCUGGACAGGAGAGAGGUACUUCAAUGGCGUCUAAGGCCGAACACGAGAGUGAUAAAGAGAAAGGACGACGGAGUUAUGCUGCUGCUGCUGCUGGACAUCGACAAGAGAGAGGUGCUUCAAUGGAGUCCAAGGGCAGCAAACACGAGAGUGAUAAAGAGCAAGGAUACUGCACUCAACUGGCUAGUAGCGAAGAAAGGGUUAAUAAGGGAGCUAAAAAAGAGGGUGGUGAGAAACAAGAGCAGUUAUCUGUAGAAGAGAUAUCUAAGCUCAGAGCAUCAGCUCAACAGAAUUCAAUGGAGACCCUAAGGGCUGCCGAAGAACGGUAUAACCAGGCCAAGGAAUCGGCUGCCCAAGCGCUUAAUACCGCCGCUGAUUAUACCAAAGAAAAGGGCCAGCAAGCCAAGGAAACCGCUGUUCAAAGCGCCCAGUACGCCACAGAGAAAGGCGGACAAGCAAAGGACACCAUCAUUGAAGGUGCAAAAAGGACUACACAAUACAUUGCAGAGAAAGGAACCCAGACAAAAGAUACUGCAGCUGAAACCCUAGCAAGUGCCGGAAACUACACAGCGCCUAGAGUAGAACAGGCGAAAGACUAUGCCUUGCAAACGGCAGUGAAAGCAAAAGACACCGCAGUUGAUGUCAGCAAAAACAUUGCGAGUUAUGCUGGGGAAAAAGCAGUGGUGACCAAGGAUGUGACGGUAGAGAAAAGCAAGGAGGCCGCUGAAGUAGCGGGGAAAGUGGCUGUCGAUGUGAAGGACAAGGCCGUUGUAGCUGGAUGGAGUGCGGCACACUAUACGACUGAGAAAGCAGUUGAAGGAACAAAGGUGGCGGCGAGGAUGGUGGAGGGAGCAGCGGAGUAUGCUGGUAAAAAAUCAAUGGAGCUUGCUGCCAAGCCAAUAAGGGCGGCCAAGGAAGCUGCUUCAGCUGCUGGCGAGACUCUGAAAGAGUAUACAGCCAGGAAAAAAGAAGAGGCAGCGAGAGAAUUAGAAGCUAAGAGAGCUACUGAAACACAGGGUGAUAGUUACCGAGAAGAAGAAACCCAAGAAAGAUCGAGCGAGAGCCAACAAAAAAUGGAGGAUUUGGCCAGAAAACCCAAAGAGAAAUUCGAGGAAACUGCAAAGCCAAUUGGAAAUGCCCUGAAGAAAACCUUUCAGGGGUCAUCAGAGCCUAACAAAACCGGUGAAUUAACACAGGAAACUGAGAAGAGAAGCCAGGUUGAAGAAGAGAGAAUAAAAAAAGUGCCGAUGGAGGGCGUAGAGAGAAGAAUGGAGAGUGGGGCAGAGAGAAUAGUUGAGGGUUCAGGCGUUAGAGAAGAGGAGGAGGAGGAGGAAAACCAAACAGGUGUAUUGGGAGCCAUUGCUGAAACCAUAGUGGAAAUUGCCCAAAACACCAAGGACCUUGUUAUCGGACCCGACGACCAACCCAAUACUCAGAGCGCCAACCGUCGUGACUGACGGUAAUAAGCACCCAGCACGCCACAACAUACAACGUGGAACCCAAACCAAUAUAUAUGAUGUGAUUGGCUUAGAUAUUGUGUUUUAUUUACUGGCCUUUUAAAUAAAUAGGAAUUCUAAAUUCCGACUGCUGUUUUCCCUUCUUUUGGUUUAAUGACACGUGUAUCUUAUUACAUAAAGAAGUUCCUUUUCAUUGUGCA